AUGCAGAUCAAUGACUUUCAACUGACCGCCCCCGAUCUUCCUUCUCUGAGCUCAACUCGCCAGAGCUCAAAAGACGAACAUAUCCGAAAGACUGAAGGAAAGGGACUGGCUAGUUGGCAAACGGGAUGGGUGAUGCAGCCCGACGAGCAGGUAUUGAACGGAGAUCCAGCGGUUCAAGAUGCGGAGAGGAAGAGAUGGAACGAGACGAGAGGGGAAGAAGGAGAAGACGGGGUUAGUUUCUCGAUGCUUUGUUUCGGAAGUGAAGAAGAGCACGGAAGCCUUGCCGCCCUCAAGGGGUUUAGUGCCAUUCCGCAACCAGUUCCAGGCCGGCCUCCUUUUUUCUAUCCCAUGGACAUAGGGCACUUAAUGUAUGGUUUAUACUAUGCAACGCAUUGUUCAACAGAUGCUAAUGAUAAGGCAUCUAUCUGCAGAAACCAAGCUACUUUUAACCCAUGGCUUAAAAUAACCUAA